GUCAUGGUUACGCUCUGACAAAACAAAUGGCUCUGCUUCCUGCAGGCCACCUAAACAGCCAUCGCAAUGUUGGCAUUGAUCAAGCCAGCUGCCAGGGCAGCCAGGCACUGGGCUUGGGUACCAGAGCCCAGCCUGGGAGUCCUCUCCAGUAGCUUUGGGCACAGGGAGGCAGCUGCGUGGAGAGGAAGUGUUUGCCCUUGCACAUGUUGCUCCUGGGACAAGAGUCUCCUUCCUAUGUCUCUGUCUCUUCUCUCUGUCUCUCCUUAUCUCUCUGUCUCAGCCUCCCAUCCCUGCCACCCCCUUCCACCAUCUCCCUGUCCCCAUCAUUUCAAGUCUGUCCUCUAGGGACCCAGGGCAGUCAGUGCUCUGUGGUCUGCCCACCCCUGCUGCCAAGCUUCAGGCUCCUGCCUGCUGCCCUCUGGGUGCCUGGCGUGUGACUGUCUCCAAAGCCGCUGGCUGGGUGAACAUUCUUCUUUGAGCUCUCACGUCCUAGGAUCCUGGAGACUCUGAGCAGAGAAGUCCCAGAAUGCCUGGCCUGCUGAACUGCCUCACAGGGGCAGCCCUGCCUCUCAUGGAAUCCGAUGUCACCUCCUAUGUCAGUGGCUAUGCCCUGGGCCUGACAGCCUCCCUCACCUACGGCAACCUGGAGGCCCAGCCCUUUCAAGGUCUCUUCGUGUAUCCAAUAGACGAGUAUAGCACAGUGGUUGGCUUUGAAGCAGUCAUUGCUGACCGUGUUGUGACCAUACAGCUCAGAGACAAAGCCAAGCUGGACAGAAGCCACUUGGAUAUCCAACCCGCCACUGUCACAGGGAACUUUCCGGAAGAGGAGAGUCCCAUCGCACCAGGAAAGGUGACCUUGGAUGAGGAUCUGGAGCGGGUUCUGUUCGUGGUCAACCUGGGGACCAUUGCCCCCAUGGAGAAUGUCACCGUCUUCAUCAGCACCUCCUCCGAACUCCCCACACUGCCCAGCGGGGCUGUGAGGGUUCUUCUGCCGGCCAUCUGCGCCCCGACCGUGCCUCCAUCCUGUACCCACAGGUUUGGCUCCUCCAGCCCACAGCCACAAGGCAAAGACCCACACUGCUUCGGCACCCAGACCAAGGACUCCUAUAACAGGCUGUGUCUGGCCACUCUCCUGGACACAAAGGUGACCAACCCAAUGGAAUAUGAAUUCAAAUUUCAGCUGGAAAUCCGUGGGCCCUGUCUGCUCGCAGGGGUGGAGAGUCCCACUCAUGAAAUCCGAGCAGACGCAGCCCCAUCGGCACACUCCGCCAAGAGCAUCAUCAUCACGUUGGCCAAAAAACAUACCUUUGACCGGCCAGUGGAGAUUCUUCUCCACCCUAGCGAGCCUCACAUGCCACACGUCCUGGUGGAGAAAGGGGACAUGACCCUGGGGGAAUAUGACCAGCACUUGAAGGGAAAAGCAGAUUUCAUUCGGGGGACAAAGAAGGACAACAGCGCGGAGCGGAAGACAGAAGUCAUCCGGAAGCGUCUCCACAAAGACAUUCCCCACCACUCAGUCAUCAUGCUCAACUUCUGUCCUGACCUCCAGUCUGUGCAGCCCAACCCGAGGAAAGCCCACGGGGAGUUUAUCUUCCUCAUUGAUAGGAGUAACAGCAUGAGCAAGACCAACAUCCAGUGCAUCAAGGAGGCCAUGCUGGUGGCCCUCAAGAGCCUCAUGCCAGCGUGCUUCUUCAACAUCAUUGGUUUUGGAUCCACAUUUAAGGCAGUCUUUGCUUCCAGUCGGAUCUACAAUGAGGAGAACUUGACCAUGGCAUGUGACUGCAUCCAGAGAAUGCAGGCUGAUAUGGGAGGCACCAACAUGCUCUCCCCCCUCAAGUGGGUCCUGCGGCAGCCACUGCGCCGGGGUCACCCACGGCUCCUCUUCCUGAUCACGGAUGGGUCCGUGAACAACACAGGGAAGGUUCUGGAGCUGGUACGGAAUCACGCCUCUUCUACCAGGUGCUAUAGCUUUGGAAUUGGACCCACGGUCUGCUACCGACUGGUCAAAGGGCUGGCAUCUGUAUCCAAGGGCAGCGCAGAGUUCCUGAUGGAGGGGGAACGGCUGCAACCAAAGAUGGUCAAAUCCUUGAAGAAGGCCAUGGCGCCAGUGCUGAGUGACGUGACUGUGGAGUGGGUCUUUCCCGAGACCACGGAGGCCCUGAUCUCUCCUGUCAGCACCAGCUCCCUUUUCCCUGGGGAACGGCUGAUGGGAUAUGGCAUUGUGUGUGAUGCCUCCUUGUACAUUUCCAAUUCCAGAUCUGACAAAAGGCGAAAGUAUGGCAUGCUGCACACUCAGGAGUCCAGCAGCUCCGUCUUCUACCCCUCACAGGACGAGGGACUCAGCCCAGGCAGUGGAAACUGUGCCAAGAACGUCAACCAGGGGCAGACCAAAGAUGCCCAUCCAUGCAAUGGAGACUCCCCCACCCAUCACGGUCUGGAUGUCUCCCGGCGGCGGAGAGCAUACAGCACUAACCAGAUCUCCAGCCACAAGACUUGCCCAAGGGCUACCACAGCCAGCGACCCCACCGGGACUGCCAGGAGAUACCCACUGCGAAAAGCCAAGGUGCAAGACCUUGCCAGUGAGAGCGACUGGGAGAGCCAGAAGUGGCAGACUGAUCUGCAGACCCUACUUAACGAAGGCCAUAACCUGAGCCAGGGCCCCAAACUUCAUGGCCCAGGAGCCCGCAGGCCUUCCCUACUGCCUCAAGGCUGCCAGCUCAUGCGCUUCUUUGACCAGAAGCCCCAGGCCUGGGGCCCUGUGAGAGAGCUGGAUUGUGGUGCCAGCCGGACGUCUGCCCCUAACAGCCAAAGCUCUGAAGAUCUGGCCAUAGAGCCAGCCCAUUGUCCUUCAACCUUUGAACGGGAGACAUCCUUAGACUUGGAGCCCAUGGCUGAGUCCGAGGAGCAAGCCAAUCCCUGCAGGACUGCCACUCCAAGCCCUGUGGUGGGCAAGGCUUUGGUCAAAGGCCUGUGCGCCAACCAACGCAUGCAGUGGGAAGUGAGCUUCGAGCUGGAGCCUCCAGCCCUGAAGAGGGGGGACACACAGAACGCUGACAUGUGGAGUGAGACUUUCCACCACCUGGCGGCCCGCGCCAUCAUCCGAGAAUUCGAGCAUCUGGCAGAGCGCGAGGACGAGAUCGAGCUGGGGUCCAAUCGCCGAUACCAGGUGAACGCCGUGCACACCAGCAAGGCCUGCAGCGUGAUCAGCAAAUACACGGCCUUUGUGCCUGUGGACAUAAACAAGAGGCAGUACCUGCCCACGGUCGUCAAGUACCCCAACUCUGGUGCCAUGCUCAGCUUCCGGAACCUGACUCGACAGUGGGGGGGCUCUUCGGCUGGCCUGGGAAGGCCCCAGUCUAUGCUCAGAGAACACUCCUCAGCCGCAGGAGACAGCAAAUUCCAGACUCUAGCCCUACAAGACAGCCCUACUUCAACCUUCAAUAAAACCCCAUCCCCCGGCCAUGAGAAGCAAACCACGGCAGAAGGUCCCCCUCAAAACCUGUCCGCCAGCGCUCCAUCCUCCAUGAAGGCCACUGAGACUCUCUUUGGAUCUAAGUUGAAUCUCAACAAAUCCAGGCUGCUGACCCGAGCUACCAAAGGCUUUCUCAGCAAAUCGUUGCCCAAGGCUUCAGAGGCAACCCCAGGCAGCCAGAGCUCUGACUACAUACCACUGGUGUCUCUGCAGCUGGCCUCGGGAGCCUUUUUGCUCAAUGAAGCCUUCUGCACGACCAUCCAAAUCCCCAUGGAGAAACUCAAGUGGACCUCACCCUUCUCCUGCCUCCGAAUGUCCCUCGUCACCCGCCGACAGGAUCUGAAGACCCAGAGUCCACAGGACUGCACCAGUCUCUCCUCUUCACCCCCAUCCUGUGACGGCAUCUCCCUAAAGUCUGAAGAGAGCUCAGACCAGGAGUCCAAUGCAAUGCUGGAGCACAUGGGAAAGCUGUGGGCCACGGUGGUGGCGCUGGCGUGGCUGGAACACAGCUCAGCUAACUACAUCAUUGAGUGGGAGCUGGUGGCUGCCAAGGCCAGCUCCUGGGUGGAGAAGCAGAAAGUUCCUGAGGGCCGCACCUUGAGCACUCUCAAGAACACUGCUCGCCAACUCUUUGUGCUUCUGCGACACUGGGAUGAGAAAUUAGAGUUCAAUAUGCUCUGUUACAACCCCAAUUAUGUGUAAGGGAUGGGGAGGGUGAUGAUGGGCUGUUUGAGUUGCUAGGGGAACUUUUUGAAAGCCGUAGCCAAUAGGGUAUUGCUAGAAAGUGCCUUGGACUGGCAGUGGGUGGGCCUAAAUUUAAUCCCAGCCUUGCUACCACCUACUAACUUUAGAUCAGUCACUGCCCCAUCAGGGCCUCAAUUUCCCCUUCUUCAAGACAAGAGGAUGAGGUAGAUUUUUUUUAAUAGACCUAAUAUUCUUCCCAUCCAGGUCUUCAAAAAACUCCAGGUCCUGCUGCUCCUGGGGCAUGGUCAGAGAAACACACACACACAGACAGAGAGAGAGAGAGAGAGAGAGAGAGAGAGAGAGAGAGAGAGAGAGAGAGAGAGAGAGAGAGAGGGAGAGAGGAGUGUUUCCCUGGAGAAAGAUCAUGUCGGCAUGUACUAGGGACAGCAAUGUCCCAGUCCAGGGGGGAAAAAAGGUAGACAAGAAAACCCAUAAAAGACAAGAACCACAAGCUUGCUCCAGGCACCAAGAGACCUCCUCUGUCUAUGCAUUGUGGGAUAGGUUUGCGUCUCCAUGGUAACAGCCUAGAGGCUCCAAAUCCCACUAGCAAGCCAAUCAGAGAACCAUUGUUCCCAAGACUUUGCAAGAGAUCCCUCCUAGUAGUUGAGAACACAUGCAUGAUAUGAAGUCUGGCUUCCUGUCUAAGAUGUGAGCAGGACCACAGGGGAGAGAUUCCCUUCCAGCCAAAACAGAAGAUGGUAGCUAUAGUCUGCAGAAUUAGUCCAGAAUGGACAAGCUCACAGAGUCAAUGCCAGCCGUAAGUAACUUACACACCUGUUGUUGGAUAAAGUGACUCCCUCCAUUUGUAUUGAGGGGUUAGAGGGGCACAUCUGUGUGCAUUGCAUUCUGGGAUAGUGGAGUCUCUAGCGCCAGGUGACCACACCACAUUGUCUGGCAGACAGAAAACUUCUCUACAGCAGAAAAACAGAUUUGGCUGCAGUGUGUCCGGACAUGGAAGGGAAUAAAAGAAUCUUGAAAUUUCAAAGUAGGAGCUGAGGGUGGGGGAGGGGCUACCCAAUCUAAACGCUCCUCUUUAUGAUACCCCCAGACUAGUGUCAAACUGCCUAGGCAUUGCCUCUCUCCCCUCACACUUCCCCGCAAAGUGUGUCUGGAACUCACCAAGGACACUAGCCCGGAUCCCUAGACAGAAGCUAUGGACCCCAUAAAUCCCUUACACCUAAGGUCUUAGCUUCUCAUAUCUUAUUCCCAAAAGUAGUCCCUGAGACCCUGAUAUGAAACCCUACAGCAUUUCCUUUCGGGUGAGACAAAUCUUGGUUAAAGCAACCCAUGGGAGUCUUACGGGCUCUGAGCCAGUGCACUGCUCUACAGAGAUUCUAAGGGAUAGGCAGUCUGUCCUGGGAGCUGGAGUAGGAUGGUGGGAGGUGGGUACUUCCCCAAAACACCAUCUAAGGGAAGAGACAAGAAGCAGACCUAACAGGAUAGGGAUGCUCUACUCCCAGCCCUCGUGUUCUGCCCUGGGCCCUCCAACUACACCGCAGCAACUCCCCAGAGGGUCCCUUUUAAAGAGGCAAAGUCCCUUCCCUACUUCACUUAAUGCCACUCACCCUCUGGAAAGAAACCACCGUGCAGACCCUGACAUCAAAUGGGACGGAAUUCUUGGGUAUUGGCUUAAUAUCAGUGUCACUAAGAUGGGACAGGAAUUUAGAUUGUCUUGCCCAAGGUCCCAAGGAGAUAAAGGGAAAGACUUGCUAACUCCUCUGCCCCAUCAAAACCCCCACUACUUUUGCUACCCAGCCAGCAGCCCAAGCUUCCUCGGGGUGGCAAGGGUAGUGUCUAUGCCUGGUCAUUAUGAGUGGAAAAAUGACCAGGCCAUGAAUCAGAACAUAAGGACUUGGGCCCCUGUCUUGAUGUUCCCUCGAGCAGUGAGGGGUUCCCUUCUCUCAGCGUUCUAGAGUUAGUGAGCGUUCUUCUGCUAACAUGUCUCUUGGUAAGCAUGGAUUCACUGUACUUCUGUGCUGUGUGGUUUUGAGCAUGUUGUGUUUGUAUCCCAGCCCCCUCUCUUCCUCUGUUACUGAGCAAGUUGGACUGUCUAAACAGCACCUGCCCAUGAGCUUGAUCCUGGACAGGACAAUGGUCAUGGCUCAGGGCAGUCAAUCUCUCACCCACUGCGGAGUUAGCACUAUGCAAUCCCUAGAAAAAUCUGCCCACGCGUCAGCUGCCAGAGCUCAGCAGUGUAUUUGAUGCAUAAGUGAUUGUUGAUCCCUGUAGCCCUGGACUCACCCCCCUGCCCGAGCACCAUAGUAUCAAGAAAUACAUCCCUUGGCUUUCAGUAACCCGAGGACUGGGAGAGGGAGUGUCUGGACAAGAAACAUUUGUAGAAUUGUUCCAGUGGUGUUGGGAUGACUUGCAGCUUCGGUAACUCACUGCCUGGCUCGCCAAGCAGACGACCAAAAGGUAGGGCCUUAAGGAAAACACAGGAGCCAUAGGUAGUGGGCACGUGUAUAGAAACAAAACCGGUACAAAGGUCUUCAAGGGGUGUACUGUUGACCCAGUGAUCUAGGCAAACUUGAAUCCACCCCGUUUAGUUCGAUAAGCCAGCUUUACUUUCAAGGCCAUGUCAAAGGGACAGCAAUGUCCCUGCUGUGUGAAGAAAUGACCAUUGAGACUGUCUGGCCAGCAUCUUCACUGCCUUCAAUAGUAAAAACAUGAACCAAGAUUAAGGAGCCUAUGGGGUGGUCCCAACCCAGCCACCGUUCUACUCUGUGACUUCCAGAAAAUUGCUGUCUUCCUCCAAGGCCCUCUUACCUUUGUAGAAUGGUAGGAUUCUUUUAGGUGUGUACUUCCAGCCUGUUGCUCACCCACAGAAAUUUUCAGUGUGAUAAACAUACUGGGAACAUCGCCCCCCCCCCACACCUCCCAGAAAACAGAUGUAUGCCGAUCAGAAUGCUAACCAGUUAAUGGUAUCACCAGUUUCCAAGGAGGUUACCAGUAUGCAGCUCUCUUAAAGGUAUCCAGUUAAAAACUACUUGUCUUUGGGCAUUUCCCUGAGUUAGCACUAACAUCUAGAUAGCCUUUAUGGGGUGCUUGUAUGUAAAGCCUGUGAAGUAGUCCCUGUGAGCACACCGGUGACUGUCCCUGUCCCUUUGGAGUUUAGCGAGCAGUCAUGGAAGAGUUUCCGUGACUCCCUCUGGCACUCCUUCAUCCAGGGCUGGGUUUAUCUUGACUGACCGUUCUCCAGCCCCAUGGUCUGGCCUUCCAUGGGCAUUGCCUCAGGCUAACACCCUCUGAGUUUUGGAGGCACUGAUCUGCAGAUUUCUGACACAUUCUUGAUGGUGUAAGGAGAGCUGGCCACCAUGGGUUCUGUUUCCUGUGGAGCAAGGGAAUGCCUACAACAGGAUGCUCUCUGGCUCUGCCUCCUGCCAUAGGUGAACCCCGUCUGUAAGGCCCAGCCUUGGCUCACACUGCACUUGUAGAUAUGCGGCCUUGGCUUCCAGUCAAUCCCAAGUCUGAAGCCAAAUGAGUGUCCUCCAUGACCCGAGCUGCCUGGUUAUGGCUGAGGAGUAGAUCAACCACACCCAAUACCAACCAACUCCUGGUGAUUUUUGUCUGCUCACUCAGAUGAGUGAGAAAGCAAGCCACCACCCCACCACCAUCCCGCUUGCUGGUUCACCCGCCAAUAAAGGUUUCUAGAAGUUUCCUCUAAAUCUUGCUUGCACCCCACUGAUAUCUUUGAAAGACAAAAUUUCUCUGCUGGUCACUGCCCUUGGCAGGACCCCUUAUACAAGGAGAGAGUGUGGGAAAGGGCCUGUUCCAUCUGACCGCAGUGGCCUUCUCCCUAGAGAUUGCCUACCCCAUUCUCCUGCCUGGCUGGAAUCUGCCUGACAACACCCCCCACACUUGUCAUGUGGGGUUCUAAGUCCUGUUUCAACUCUAACAUAUUGUAAUAUCUCACAGUAAUCCAGGCAACAGUGCAUUCUAAAUCUUCGGUGCCCUGAGGUGGGAGAGGGAGGGCAUUCGUUCAUUGCUACUGCCCUUGGGAGAAGAUUUUAUCCCACUCCUCAACCCUCCACCCAGCAGGAACUGGGAACAGCAGCAGCAAGGAAGAGGCCUGCAUUCUAACACCGCUCUCUCUACAGUGCCACUGAAGAUACUUGGGGCUGAAUACACUUGGGACAGGACAUGUCCAGCAUCCUGCAGCUGGGCAAGCUGAUUCACAGAGAUCUGUCCCCAGGCCAGGGACUUGGUGCCCAACCAAUCCAGUUCAUGACUGGGGAGUGUCCUGACCCCUGUGUCCACCUCUGCCUUGGCCUGGUGACUCUCCUCACACCAGCACUGCCUCCCCAUGCAGCAAUGCCUGUGUGAGAUGUCCCCUGUGGGCACUGCAAUCCUCUCAGACCCUGGGCCAGCUCUCCUGGGCUUACAGCCACUUCUAAGGCAAAGUUGCUGUCUCCAUGCAUCCAUGCGGUAACACCCGGUGUAGUUCCAACUAUUUGCCCAAAUGGCUUUGACUCAAGUGGCAUGGCCGGUGCUUGUCCUUGUCAGACAGAGCCUCAAGUGCCUACCUAUCACGUGAUGCCCUGUGUCUUUCUCUGCUCGCCCCCAUGACCUCACAGUGCCUAGACACUUCCUGCUUCUUGGAAAAUACAUUAGCGCCUUGCCUGGUGUAGUCAUUUACAUUGAUGUUGCAGAAGUCCUGGGGCCCGGCUGUCUAAUUCCAUCACCUAGCUGUGCCUACCACGGAAUUGUGUGUGGAUAUAUUUUCAAAGGGUGGCUGCUUUGUCAUGGUAGCUCUGUUCUUCUCCAGGCUUUUGGCUCAUAAAACUGUUGGUGUGACA